AUGAUACCACCACCGAUUCAUCGUGGAAUGAAAAUUUUACAACGAGAAUUAUUUCGCAUUAAAGUGGAACUAGUUGGAGUCCGUAUCGCUGCAAAUUCUACUGCAAAGUUUUUGAAGGUUUUAAAAGAUGAUUUAUUUCAUCAGCCAAAAAUGAAAAAUGUCGCUAAUGAUCCAGAAUCUAAAGAUACGAGGAUCAUUCUAUUGAAAUCAGAAGUUCAGAGUUUAGAACAAACAAACAAACAAAACUCAAAGCUUAAAGAAUUUAUAGAAUUAAAAUCAUCAAUUAAUCAGUUUGGAUUUAGUAGAUAUACAGUUUUUCAAAAACCAAUUUCUCAAGAAGCAAUUUCUUUCCACGUCAUCAACCCGACAAUAGAACAAAUCGAUGAUGCAAACAUCUCACAAGAAUCCCGAGAUCUGAUCAGUCAUGAAGCGUUGGGCUUCGUCAAGCAUACUGUUGAACUUGAUUACGGGAAUUGGGGUGCCGAUGAUAUCCUGAAAGCUAUUUUGCCGGAAGACAGUGAAGUGCCUUCGUCCUUUACACAGAUCGGGCAUAUCGCACAUAUGAAUUUACGAGAUGAAUUCCUGCCGUGGAAGAAAAUUAUCGGUCAAGUAAUUCUUGAUAAAAAUCCAAAAAUCAAAACAGUCGUCAACAAAACUGAUAUAAUAGAUACAACAUUUCGAUUUUUUAGUAUGGAAAUCUUAGCUGGAAUUGAUAACAUGAUUGCCGAAGUGAAAGAAGGCAAUUGCCGAUUUCGAUUAGAUUUUUCUCAAGUGUAUUGGAAUUCACGAUUACAUUCUGAGCACGAGCGUCUUGUGAAUUUAUUCAAAAAGGGCGAUCAUAUAUGUGAUGUUUUUGCAGGGAUAGGACCAUUUGCGGUUCCUGCAGCGAAAAAAGGGUGUAUUGUAUACGCAAAUGAUUUGAAUCCCAUUUCUUAUAAAUAUUUGCAAGAGAAUGGCGUUCUCAAUAAGGUUCAAUCACGAAUUUUUUCAUAUAAUAUGGACGGACGCGAUUUCAUACGAAAAAUAGUAAAAGACUUGCAUGCUACUUUGGCUAUUGCUGCUACUACCACUACUAGUGCUGCAAUCUCAAAAUCAAUAACCGGGAGUACGUUUAAAACGCAGAGAUUUCAAAUGUUUGAUCAUUUUGUUAUGAAUUUGCCUGCCACAGCUAUAGAAUUUUUGGACGCGUUCAAAGGACUAUAUCACGAAAUGGAAUCCGUGAUCGACUCUCCUUUAACAGAACUACCAAUGAUUCAUUGUCAUUGUUUUUCAAAGAUACACUUCGUGCGGAGUGUUGCUCCAAACAAAGAUAUGUAUUGCGUCAGCUUUCGAUUAAACGCAAGUGUUGCUUUCGGUGCCGUCCCUUCGAAACCUGAAAUCUCAGUUUCUUUGGGCCUUACUGAACAAGCUGAUAAUGAUCACGAGGAAGCGCGAGAAAGAAAGAAAAGGAAAGUUGAAGUGAAUAGUGCUGAUGAUGAUCAUAAUAAUGGCACCAAUGAAAUUGAGGAAAAAUACUAG